GAACCUGAAUAUCAGUGUUUACUCGCGCUGGGCACAGUACCUACUACACGACUGUAGUGAUCUGCCUGCUAAAUGAUCCUCUAAUAAUAGACUCGAAAGAUCCGUAAUUUUAUCAAAUAAAUAGUGUUUUUAAUCAGCCGUAAUAUUACAUUCAAAUCGAGUGCGCGUUUCCAGUACUUAAAUGAUUCACAUCGAUGUAUUCGUGCAGUCUUUAUAAACGGAUAAUCCCAUCGACGCCUUGACUUACUGCAGUGAUAAUAUGAAUAAAAUUAACAACCAUUUGAGCUACAAAAUGGAAGGUGACAAGUCAACUGACAACGGUGAUGAUUACUACAAGAACGUCAAGCUGGUAGGGUUUGUGAAAACAGACUCCGAAACACUGGCUGGAUAUAAGAACGAUGCGUUUCAAUGGAGUUCGGCAGAUAAUUUGUCCAGUUACCCAUCGUCUUACCCCAGAGAACACGACAUUUUAGCUCCUAGUAAAGUUUUGAGCGGUGAUACGGUGGUGCCCGUCGACCACGAUUCGGUGAACCGGUGCUGUACGAGAAAAGUGUUGUACAAACGCCUACCUAUCCUCCAAUGGCUGCCCAAGUACACGGUCGGCGAACAUGGUAUACCCGACCUCGUGGCAGGCAUCACGGUCGGGCUGACCGUUAUACCACAGGCCAUAGCGUUCGCCAACGUAGCCGGAUUACCUCCACAAAUCGGUCUGUACUCAUCGUUCAUGGCGUGCUUCGUGUACACGAUCUUCGGUAGCUGUAAAGACCCGGCGUUGGGUCCGACGGCAAUCAUGGCCAUCAUGACCCGUGAAAACAUACACGAUAUGGGACCAGAAUUCGCCAUCCUGUUAUGUUUUAUCACCGGUAUCGUACAACUCAUCAUGGGUUUUGCGCAAUUAGGAUUCCUUAUCGAUUUCAUAUCCGGACCGGUGUCGGCUGGUUUCACGUCGGCAGCAGCGAUCGUGAUAGCUACAUCUCAACUGAAAGACCUGCUCGGUAUCAACAUAAAAGCGAAUUCGUUCAUAGGCUUCUGGGACCAAUUGGCCAUGCACAUCAGAGAGAUCAGCGUUGGCGACGGGACGCUCGGCAUUACGUGUAUGAUUGUGCUGCUGCUGUUGAGGAAAAUGAAAGACAUACAAAUCGGCCCUACGGACAUGAAGGAUAAAACGACCGGACAGCGAACGGUUUCAUCAAUCAUUUGGCUCAUAUCGACGGCGAGGAACAUUAUAGUUGUGGUUUUUUGCGCCGCACUGGGUUAUAUGUACAAGGAACAUGGAAAUUUGCCGUUUAAACUAUCGAGUCACGUGGAAUCCGGUCUCCCGAGCUUCAGGCCACCGCCGUUUGAGAGCCGAGUUGGGAACGAGACGUAUAAUUUCGUAGAGAUGGCGUCUAAAUUAGGUUCAGGGAUUCUGGUAGUGCCACUUCUGUCUAUUUUAGAAAACAUAUCACUAGCUAAAUUUUUCUCCGAUGGUAAGACCGUCGACGCCACUCAAGAAAUGCUUGCCUUGGGCGCUUGCAAUUUGAUUUCGUCUUUUGUGGGGUCCAUGCCCAUAUCUGGCGCUCUAUCGCGGGGUGCCGUGAACAACGCCAGUGGAGUAAAAACCACGUUUGGAGGAGUUUACACAGGAAUAAUCGUCAUAAUAGCUUUACAAUUUUUCACGCCGUAUCUGGUGUACAUACCCAAAGCUGCUUUGGCUGCUGUGAUAAUAGCCGCUGUCGUGUUCAUGGUCGAACUGCAAGUUGUCAAACCGAUGUGGCGAACGAAAAAAAUCGAUUUGAUACCGGCGUUCGCUACGUUCCUUUGCUCGCUGUUAAUCCGCUUGGAAGUCGGGAUCGUUGUCGGCAUAGCUAUUAACGUCAUAAUACUGCUUUACACCUUGGCUAGGCCCAGCGUCCAUGUCGAAAAACAACAAAGUGAAUUUGGGUACGAGUAUUUAGUGAUAACGCCUGACCGUAGUUUGGUUUUCCCGUCCGUCGAGUAUGUGAGGGCAGUGGUGUCCAAAGCUGGACUUAAACAAGGACUUAGUUCGAUUCCAGUUGUGAUGGACUGCAGGCAUAUACAAGGAGCUGAUUUUACAGCGGCCAAAGGCGUCAAAUCUUUAAUAGACGACUUUGUCAGGAGAAGUCAACCAUUGGUGUUUUACAAUGUCAAACCUAGUGUGAUAUCCAUUUUCCAAGGCGUACGACCGACUGAGUUCAACUGUUGUGUCACCGAACAGCAAUUGCACGAAAGGCUAAAAGGGUAUUAUUAUAGCAGAAUGCAGACGCUGACAUUAUAACAUCGAUAUUUACACUAAAACUUGUCCCACCGACAAAUUGUACAGAUUAAACGAUAACUAUGUAAAUAAUGUUAAUAUUAAAAAAAAAAUAAGCUGUACAUUGUGAAUAGAUCUUAUACACAAAUCAGAAGUGAAUUCUAGACAGUUAAGUUUCCAAAAUUCUCCUUAACCAUUUGUUUGUUUAAUAGUAAUUAUAAUUGUUAAUAAUUAAUUUAAAAUUAAUUAAAUACAUCGGUAUUAUUAUGUAAGUUAAUGUAUUUUGUUUAUUGUAAUUUAUAUAUUAGGUAUGUUUGUACUGUUGUUUUUCAAAAUCAACUACUUUUUUAAUUUUGUAAAACACAAAUAUAAACUGUGAAGUAUUGAAAUGUUUAUAACUACCAAGUGUCCUAGUGUAUACAAAAAUUAUAGGUUACAACUUGCAAUCUCACUACGUUUAUUUCUAUAAAAACCGCGUUGCUUAAAAUAUUGUUGUUGACGAACUUUGCUUAGUUAAAUAUUACUGAAAAUUGAAAUAAGUGAACAUUAUUUUAGAUAUCUAGUGCACUGGUGCGAUGAAUAUAUUGAUUUUACGAUGA